AUGAGCAAUAAAAAAUUGAUCAAGUCAACUUCAACCGUUCGAUCCAGAAAAUUUCCUCCACCUUUAAAUUUACCUUCGAUUCCCAAUGAACACAAUACAUCCGAACAAAACUCCUCAAUGAACGAUUACUCUUGCUCAUCUUCUCCGUGUUCGCAUCAGCCGAUGUCAUAUACUCUUCCAACGUGCCAACGUCCUCAAAUUUUUCAACGCUUACAAGAUUCUUCAUCAUCGUUAUUAGUGACGCCUUCACGGAGGUCACAAAGUUUGAAGAUCUCGAAUCAAUUGAAACAACGGCAAACAGGAAAUGUACCUGAUCAACAAUGGAUUGAUUGUAUUUGUUUAAUUAUCUCCAAAUCAUUGAAAAAUGAAAUUGAAGUAUUACUUGAUAAAUACAAAACGAACUAUUUCGAUCGAAUCAAUGCUUCAGACACAUCCGACGAGAUUAUUCGAACAAGUUUAUGUGAAAUGGUUUCUCAGACUCUUGCAACGUAUUCAACCAGUUCAUCGGCAAUGACGAAUUAUAAUGCAACACGCACUUUCUCUUCAAAUAAACCAAUCAGUAAUGUUUCCAAGCAAGUUUUAAUGAGAAAAAAAACCUGUUUCAAGGUUAGACAAAUUCUUUUUUUUUCUCCUAGGAGAAAACAUGAUGAUAUCGAUGGAACUCGUUGUGAAUUUUGUUCAAUAUCAGUCAAUGAUCAAACGAAAUUUGUGAUUAGUUAUAUCAUUCCCGGUAAAUGUGCUAAUAUUGCCAAUAGUGAUCAACAAAAAUCAAAACAAUUUCAAACGAAAUUUUCUCAUUUAUUCACCUACAUUCCCAAUGAAUAUAUUCAAUCGUAUCUCACUGAUAAUGCUCUUUUAAAGCCGCAAAAACCGAAAAUUUGUUUAAUGUUGUAUGAUGAUAUUGUUACAUUUAUGAACGAAAAUGAUCUCCAAUUGAGCGGAAUAUCACUCGAUCAAGCCUUCACAUUAUCCAAUUCGAUACUUCAACAUAUUCAUUCUUGUUCUCAUUAA